GUGAAUCUGUGGGAAAUAGAAAAACGGUCCCUAGAAUGACAUAGAAGCGGGUGAGGUGGGGUAGACCGAGACACCGGGACUAACGCAGGACUCGACACCUAUCUGGAUUCAUCCAGGUGCAAAACCACGUUAUCGUUGGAAGGCAGAAAGCACUGGAGAAAAUGCUGAUUAAAGAAUUUCGAGUGAUCCUACCGAUUUCUGUGGAGGAGUAUCAGGUCGGGCAGCUGUACUCAGUAGCAGAGGCCAGUAAGAACGAGACGGGUGGAGGAGAGGGUGUGGAGGUGUUGAAGAACGAACCCUAUGAGAAGGAUGGAGAGAAGGGACAGUACACACACAAAAUCUACCACCUGCAGAGUAAAGUCCCGUCAUUUGUACGAAUGCUUGCACCAGCAUCAGCACUGAACAUUCAUGAGAAAGCUUGGAACGCCUACCCAUACUGCCGCACAGUAAUUACUAAUGAGUAUAUGAAAGAAAACUUCCUCAUCAAGAUUGAGACGUGGCACAAACCCGACAUGGGACAGCAGGAAAAUGUUCACGGGCUAGACCCAGACACCUGGAAGAAGGUGGAGGUGGUGUACUUAGACAUCGCAGACCGGAGUCAGGUGGAGCUAAAGGACUAUAAACCAGAGGAAGACCCCACUAAGUUUAAGUCUGCAAAGACUGGAAGAGGGCCGCUCGGUCCGGAUUGGAGGAAAGAGCUACCUAAAAAGACAGACUGCCCACACAUGUGUGCCUACAAACUGGUUACUGUCAAGUUCAAGUGGUGGGGCCUGCAAAACAAAGUGGAAAACUUUAUUCAAAAGCAAGAGAAGCGCUUGUUCACUAAUUUCCACCGGCAGCUGUUCUGUUGGAUUGAUAAAUGGAUCGAGCUGAACAUGGACGACAUCCGCAGAAUGGAGGAAGAGACCAGGAGGGAACUGGAUGAGAUGAGAGUGAAGGAUCCAGUGAAAGGCAUGGUGGCUCUUGAAGACUGAGGCUGCUCUGUGUUCCUGGAUGCUGCUGUUCAUAAAGUCUUUCUCAGAUCAGACCUGAACUACUGGAGACCAGCAGCAUCACUCUCCUCAAAUCACAGCAACAUGUCUUUUUAAUCGUAAUGGAAGUCCUUCAUCCAGCUCUUUUGGUGACCGUUUGUCCUGAGCAUCUUUCAUAUCCUCCUUUCAGUCUGACAAUGGAGCACAUUGACAAGUUAAAUAGGCUAUUAUUCCGGUUCUAUCCUCAUGCCCAGUUUCUGAAGUCUUACCUACUUAAAUACAGGGACGAUCAGCGGUUAGUCAUUUAUGAUGUCAGAUCAUUACCUUAACAUAUGGAGCUCGGCAGAAUUGUGUUUUAAGAUAAGUUUAAUGUAAAGCAGAUGAUAUUUGUGUGUAUAUAUAUUCAGAAUAUCUAUUGGCAGUGGAAUUAUUGUGACAGAUGUAUAAACAGGGUUUUUAAGUAAUUGUUCUCCUAAUUGUUUUGCGGACCAAGCCGGUUUUCCUUGUUUUGUUUUAAUCUGUAGUGAUUUGUUUUUGUUGCUUUAUUUUUUUUAUUUUAUUUUACCCACUUUUUAGCCUAUUUACUAGCUGAUCCAAGAUGUAAGUGUGUCUCUUUAUAGUGUAGUAUUGUACAAUCAUAGUCGUGUCAUCCUGACCAUUCAUUUAUUUUUAACAUGCAUUGUGGAUUCAUUUUUUUUGGCAGCUGCUUGGUCACCUUAAAAUGUCAGCAAGUACUGUUCAUAAUUUAAUGCAAGACAGAGUUUUUUAUAACUCAUUGAACAGUAUCACAUUCUUGGAAGUAUUGUUGUUUGUUAAUCAGUCAAUAUUAAUGGUUUCAUUGUCAUCUCUUCCACAAUUUCCUUGUGUGUGUGCUAUUUUAGUCAAGUUAUUGUAUUUAUUUAUUUAUUUUUUAUAAAAAAGACAGGCGUACCGUAGGUGUAGCUCUCUCUCCCUUGGCUGUUUUUGAUUGGUUUA